AUGGUAUCCACUAGACAUAACAUGCCACCAAUAGAAGGCAACAAAUUACCAGUAGAGACCCACAGGGACCAUUAGAGUUUCCAUUAAAACCAAUAGAAAUUCUACUAAGGUUUCUAUUGUUUUGGGGUUCUUUUUUCAGCAGGGUUGCUACGUGGUUGUAUUAUAUUCAAGUGGGUUGCUAGGGUAUUAAGUGUUGCUAUGUUGUUUCUAAUUUCUACAUGAUCCCAAGUGUUGCUAGGUUGUUGCUAAGGAAUUAUCUUCAGUACAUCUAUAUAGAGAAAGGCAGAAAUUGUGUGAAAGCUUUUUGUGAAAUUUGUGACCUGUGAAAACAGUAGAAGUUUUUGAAUAUUAUAAUAAUAAGAAGAAGAAGAAGAAGAAGAAGAAGAAGAAGAAGAAGAUGAUGAAAAACACUAUGCUGCCUUUGUCAAGCCAAAAUAGUUAUACUCUCAUAAAAUGAUACUGAUAAAGGACUCAGCAUUAAUUAAGCUUUCAUUCCCAGCCUGCAGUGUGUACAGUGUAUACAGUGUGUGAGGUGUGUACAGUGAGUAGUGUGUGGUGUGUGAGCGGGCUGCCAGGUGGCACUGUGGCCUAACGGAUGGAGCUCGAUGGCGGCUGAAGUUGGAGGCGUUUCCGCGGAAGCAGGAGGAACCGAGCGGCCCGGAGCUGAAGCUAAAAUGAUGCGCUUGCUCUUACGCUCGGUUGCGGGCUGCUGGCCUUCAUUCCUCCCUCAUCACCCUCCACACACCCGGGAGAGUUUCUCCAAGGCCGUCUUUUACAGAAAAAUGUCUCAUUACAUGAUGGAAGAGAGAGGCCGCCCGAACUCACCUGACUUCCGGAUUUAUUUUAAAACCUCACAUGGGAAAUACAUUUCUCCGUUCCACGACAUCCCACUCUACGCACCUGAGCAAAAGGAGAACGAAAUACUAAAGAAGAAACAGAAACGCUCUGACAGUGAGAUUCUCUUCAACAUGGUCGUGGAGGUUCCUCGCUGGUCAAAUGCCAAGAUGGAGAUAGCCACGAAGGAAGCGCUAAACCCCAUUAAACAGGACGUGAAGAAAGGCAAACUGAGAUAUGUGGCCAACGUUUUCCCACAUAAAGGCUACAUCUGGAACUACGGCGCUCUGCCGCAGACCUGGGAGGAUCCCAAUCACACAGAUAAAGACACCAACUGCUGUGGAGACAACGACCCCAUAGAUGUGUGUGACAUCGGCACCAGGGUGUGCUCCUCUGGUCAGGUGAUCCAGGUGAAGGUGCUCGGGAUUCUGGCCCUGAUUGAUGAAGGAGAGACAGACUGGAAAGUUAUCGCCAUCAACGCUGACGAUCCCGACGCUAAUAAACUUCACAGUAUUGAGGACGUCCGUGUGAACAGACCCGGUCAUCUGGAGGCGACGGUAGAUUGGUUCAGGAGAUAUAAAAUACCUGACGGGAAACCCGAGAACCAGUUUGCCUUUAAUGCACAGUUCAAGGACAAGGACUUUGCUGUGGAGGUGAUUAAAUCCACACACAGCUGUUGGAAAGCUCUGGUGCAUAAACAGACGACAUGUGGAGAGAUCGUGUGUCAGAACUGGUCGGUGUGUGAGAGCCCAUUUCAGUGCAGCGAUGCCGAUGCUGCUGCAGUGCUGAGAGCUGCUGCGGAGUAUGGAGAGGCUUUACCACUUCCUCCAGAAGUGGAUAAAUGGCAUUUCCUGUCCCAGUGACCCUGAAAGGUUUGGGCUCCGUCCCAAAUCUCACCCAAAACACUGACACCAGUAUUUAUUUGUAGAAAUUUAGAAAUAUGUUCCCAUUUCCCAAUGGACACAGAUCAGAUUCUUUUCAUUAGUGAUUUAGUAUUUCAUCACCUACGUUAUAAAUUUAGAUAAGCAAACUGAAUUUUGUGCCAAAACCAAUUUGGUUUAUAUCUAAAAAAGACAGAUUGGGGAAAAAAAAACAGGAUUAUUUGUAAAAUUGUAUUUGGUUUAUAAAUAUCAUUAAAAAAGACAUUUACUGACAUCAGAGAAAGGAAUCACAAUCAUCAACAUGAGCACUUGUGUUGAAAUUAACAUCUUUACUUUACAUUUAGAUUUUUUUUUUUCAAAUACACGUCAUAUUAAGAGAAUAUUUAUUUUUCAGAUGCAACAUGUAUGAAAUGGGUGUAAUUUUGGGUGUAACUUUUUAUUUUUGCUAAAUAAAUACACUAUAAAUGUA